UUUUCGUCUUGUUCUGGUGAUGCGUUAUUCUUUAAUAUUAGACGAGUUCACAACGAGCGCGUUACAAUGCUAGGAUUGUCGCUUUAAUUAAUGCUAUUGUGACCAUUACAAAACUCUAUCCGUGAUACUUGGGCACACCGUUAUGAAAAGCAUCAGCAAUAUUGGUCUCUUUAUCGGCGUAUUUCUUGCUACUCUGGGCUUCCUAAACUUUCGUGAGCAUGCCCAGCGUUCGCGUGGUGUACAGAUAAAGCAUGAAGGAUUAACUCGGGCACUCCUGGGUCGGACUGGUGCCCCGGGAGGCGCGUCGACGCAACGGCAAGUAACACAUGAUGAUUUGACAGCUUAUCCUUUCAAGCCUGUCGAGGACGUGAACAUCGGAGUGCAGACGGGGCACUUUUUCGGCAGCGAUUUUGAAGGGCUCCAGCCAAAUUGCACGAUCGGAAACACCAGGAUAAAUUGUCGUUAUGGUGCAGCCUUAGAUCCGGAGAAAGCAGAUGCUCUAUGGUAUCAUAUACCUUCCAUGGGGGCUGGAAGCAAACUGGUUAAGCGUCCCAAGCAGCUGCUUAUUGGCAUGAGUAUGGAGUCCUCUGAGUAUUAUCCGGCCUUGGACAACAAGGACUUCAUGAGAAAUUUUGACAUUGAGUCAUCAUAUAGGACCUGUUCACAAGUACCCGUGUUUUAUUUUGACUACAACGCACAACAGGUGGCUAACCUCUUCAGGCCUCCCCUUCCUUUCGAGGAGAAAAAAACUGCAUUGGUGUACGUUAACAGUAACUGCGGGGCAAAGAGCGGGAGAUCAGAAAUUAUGCGCGCGGUCAUAGGCUUGAGGAACCCGAUCGUCCCGACGCAUAGCUGGGGACAUUGCGACCGAAACAUGCCGGUAAAGGACAACAACUUUAACAAGGUAGAGCUCAUUCAUGGGUAUAAGUUCUGCGUAGCUAUGGAGAACUCGAUUACCAAGGAUUACAUAACGGAGAAACUUUGGCAGGCGCUCGAAGCAGGGUGCGUACCCGUGUAUUUGGGACCGCACAAUGUCAGGGAGUUCCUACCAGAUCCAGAGGCGAUUGUGGAUUACAACACACUCGGGUCGCCGGAGGCAUUGAUGAAGGAGUUGGAACGUCUGGCGAAUGACAAGUCCGCGUACGAGGCUAAGCUGGCUUGGAAGUUCCGCAAAUGGGAGGAAUUGUCGCCUUCGUUCCUUGCAAUGACCGAGCGUUCACAUGACUACCAUGUAAAAUUGUAAUAG